AUGUCUUUCUUCACUCUCAUCGGCGAGACCAGCAGACCGCCCUGUUCAUGUAGCAAGGCACAACAAGUAUACCAGCGCAUGGAACAUUACAUUCGCACUGCCCCGGAGCACCAUGCCGAUGAUUACUCCAUCCACACGGGGAAACCAGACACAACAUUAGAAGAAGUGUGCCUUUACAGCAUGCGGGACGCUAUGCAAUGGUGGUCACACUGGUACGGCACACUUGAGGAUCAUUAUUGGAAAAAGACGUUGAUUGGCAGCUCGACCGUCCCCGACGACGUGAUGAUUCCUCCCCAGGACCUCGCUAGCGGCCGUUUCCGCUUCCCGGGGAAUAGCCUGUCCGAUAUCCUUGCUGGCUAA